UCCUCAACAUCAACCAUGUUUUCUGUAGCUCUGCUGCUGCUGUUGGCAGCUGGAUCACGUGUAAAGUGUGAGCAGUUGACACAGCCAAAGUCUGAAACUGUGCAGCCAGGCCAACGUCUGACCAUCACCUGUCAGGUCACUUAUUCUCUAAGCACCUCCUGGACAGGCUGGAUCAGGCAGCCUGCAGGGAAAGGACUGGAGUGGAUUGGUUCCAGAUAUACAGGAGAAGCAGCUUACAAAGAUUCACUAAAGAACAAGUUCAGUAUUGAUUUAGACACUUCAAGCAAAACAGUGACGCUAAUUGGACAGAAUAUGCAGCCUGACGACACUGGCAUGUAUUACUGUGCCAAAGCUGGGGCAGCUUACAGCUAUGGCUACUUUGACUACUGGGGGAAAGGAACACAAGUCACAGUAACUUCUGCCACUUCAACUGCACCCACUGUGUUUCCUCUGGUACCAUGUGGCACUGAGAGUGGAGAAAUGGUCACUCUUGGCUGCCUUGCCACCGGCUUUAACCCUCCUGCGGUGACUUUCUCGUGGACCAAAGGCGGCGCUGCCUUGACAGACUUCAUCCAGUACCCUGCAGUACAGAAAGGCAAUGUUUAUACUGGAGUCAGUCAAGUCCGAGUGAGGAGACAGGACUGGAAUGCACAACAGAAUUUACAAUGUGCUGUGACUCACGCUGCUGGGAAUGCACAGACUAUUGUCACACCACCACCACCGACAUUUAAGCAGAAUCCAACUGUUAAAGUGUUUUCCUCCUCUUCUGAUGAGGACGGUACCUAUACUGCCUCCUGCUUUGCCAAAGAGUUUGCACCAAAGAAACAUAACUUAAAAUGGCUGAAAAAUGGAGCAGACAUCACCAGCACAAUAGAUCUGACUGAAACAGUUUCUGAGUCAAAAAAUGCGGCUGGAAAAACAGUGUACAAUGCAGCAAGUUUUCUCACAGUAAAUUCCACUGGCCUGAAUGAUCAGACUAAAUUUAUGUGUCUCUUUACGGGAGGAGAAGAUGCAUCUUUGAAUAAAACUGUGGCUUACAAAGACAAUACACCAGAUUUCAAACCAUGUAGUACGUCAGAUGUGAAGGCACAAAUUUUUGGCCCCAAAACCCAGGACAUGCUUUUCAAUAAAAAAGGAACUAUAACAUGUAAAGUCAUGACAGAAAAUAAAAAUCUCUAUAUAAGUUGGGAGGAUGAGGAAGGAAAUGACAUGGAGAGUAAGCCAAUAACUCCAGUCAAUGGCAUGCAGAACGCAUACAAAUCUGAACUUGACAUCACCUAUGACGAAUGGACCAGGGGGGUAAAACGCUUCUGUGUUGUUCACCACCAAGAUUUGAUUGAGCCUUUGAGGGAACCUUAUGAAAGGGAUUUCGGAGGAAACCCUCAGCGUCCGUCAGUGUUUAUGCUCCCUCCUUUAGAACAAACUAACAAAGCAGAGGUGACCCUGACUUGCUUUGUGAAAGACUUCUUCCCUAAGGAGGUUUUUGUGUCUUGGCUUGUGGAUGACGAGGAAGCAGACUCAAGUUAUGCUUUUAAUACCACAGAACCCAUUGAAAACAAUGGAUUCUAUUCUGCUUAUGGCCAGUUAUUUGUCAGCCUUGAGCAGUGGCAAAGGGAUGAUGCUGUCUAUAGCUGUGUAGUGUACCACGAAUCUGUGGUUAACACAACUAGAGCUAUUGUCAGGUCCAUUGGGUACAGAACAUUUGACAAAAACCGCAUUGACCUCAACAUGAACAUCAACCAAGACUCCAAGUGCUCGGCCUAGUAGAUGUUUCUCAUGUCUCUGUCUGCUGUUUGUUGUUUAAUGUCUGUCGCUUGUAAUAUGACAUUGUGUUUGUGUGUUUUAAUGCAGAUUUAAAAUAAAAAAAAAAACAAACA